GUACGGAGUAGCCAGUGGUCGAAAUGCAAUUGCUAAAUUCGCCCACAGCGGCGCUCCUCGCCACAGCCCUUGUAGGACUUGAUCCCGCCGCAGCUACUGCAAGUUCAUCAUCUGCAGGAGCAUCCGCACCCACCGGCGCAACAUAUGCCUCCAACUUCGACAUCACCACAAGCUGGGGCAACCUAAGCCCCUACGCCGACAGCCCGGGCUUCAACGUUCCAAACGGCGUCCCCCAUGGCUGCGAACUAACACAAGUGCACAUCCUCCACCGCCACGCGCAACGCUACCCAACACCCUACGACCUCGACGGCCUGGGCAUGCAGAAAUUCGCGCAGAAGCUCAAGAACUACACUGCGCGGCAUCCGCAUAGGACGCUGGCGCGUGGGCCGCUGGCGUUCUUGAAUGAUUGGGAGUAUAUUAUGGGUGAGGAUGAGUUGCUGGGUAGUGGUGCUGCGACGGAGGCGACGUCCGGGGCUGAUGCGUGGGGGAGGUAUGGAAGGUUGUUGUAUCGGGCUGGGGCUGGGGUUGCGGGGUGGAGUGAGGGGUUGAAUGUUUUUGGGAAUGGGACGAGGAGGGCGAAGCCGGUGUUUAGGACUACGUCGCAGGCGCGGAUUUUGGAGAGUGCGCGGUGGUGGUUGGGCGGCUUCUUUGGUAACUCCGGUGCCAACAGCUCAUACUCGCAGUACGAUCUCGUCGUCAUCCCCGAAGUCGACCCAUUCAACAACACCCUCGCCUCAUACGAUUCCUGUCCCGGUGACUCUCGCGAAGGCUACCAAGGAGACACAGCCGCAGAAUCCUUCCUCCCCGCCCUAACCCACUCCGCCAUAUCCCGCCUAUCCCGCUACCUCCCAAAAGACCUCUCCCUAACCCCCUCCGACAUCCUCGCCAUGCUCAACAUGUGCCCCUACGAAUAUGCAACCUACAGCACCCACCCCUCCCCCUCGCCCUUCUGCACCCUCUUCACAGAACAAGAAUGGAAAGACUACGAGUACAUCCUCGACCUGCAGUUCUACGGGAACUACGGGUUCGGCGCCUCAACAGGUCGUGCACAGGGGAUAGGCUACGUCCUCGAACUCGCCGCACGACUACAAUCGAAACUCAUCCAUGAGAGCGAUACGAGUAUCAAUGUGACAUACGACAACAACGAAAAGACGUUCCCGCUCGGUCAGCCAUUGUAUAUGGACAUGUCGCAUGACGACAUCAUCGUCUCCGUCCUCACAGCCCUGGGACUGGAGUACUUCAAAUACGGCCCUACCGGCCUCCCAGCGGCGAAUAUAACCCACGCCCCAUCAAACCGCACAUUCAACCUUAACAAUCUCACACCCUUCGGCGCACGCCUAAACACCGAAGUCUGGAGUUGUCCAUCCCGGGAUUCUAUUAAACACUUGGAUCCCGUGCUGUACUCGAACCCGGAUCUUUCCGGGAGAAAAAACACAACGGAGUAUAUCCGGUUUAUGUUGAAUAAUGCACCUGUUCCGGUUGAUGGGUUGAAGGGGUGUGAGAAGGGGGUUAAUGGGUUCUGUGCUGUGAAGGAUUUUGUGGCUGCGGUGCCGGGGUUGAAGAGGGAUGCAGAGUAUCAGUUUGCUUGCUUUGGGAAGCAUGAUGCUGGGGGGAGACAAGUUGGGGAUGGGAAGCCUGAGUAAUUGCUGUAAAUAGAAAUGUUGGUCAAAUGUUGGAGAAAGUGAAUGAAGCAGUGGCAUGUAUAUAUAUUCAGUACUGUCACGGAUCUCAGCCAGGAUAAUGGAACAUCAACUCAUGUGCUCUACCUAGGUAGCUAUCGACGAGAAUAAUCAACAUGAGGAAAGAAGAAGAAUGAUGUGCCAUCAGCGU